AUGAACACACACCACACCCUCCGCCUGCUCCGGCAGAUACCCCGUCUCAACAGCUUGCGCUCCGUCCCCUCAAGAGUCGGAUCAUAUCCAUCCCUCGGCCGACCUUUGUCCUCGACGUCCUCCCGCUCCCUCAGGGUCACUCCCCCUCAAUUUGAAAAAGACGAACAAGAUCCAUAUCAUAAAGUCUCGACCGAGGCCACCGGCACCUCGGCCGGUCCCCAUGAAGGCUCAGCCGCCCGAACCGAUCGAGAUAUUGUGGUGGAAUACCCUCCAGAAGAGGAAUUUCCUCGGGACAGACCAUUGCGCGGGAGAGGGGGGAUCCAGUAUGUUAGAACGUUGCCAACCUUCAGUCUCGAGGGCAGAACGGCGGUCGUGACUGGAGGCGCACGAGGGCUCGGAUUGGUCAUGGGCCAAGGCCUGGUUCAAUCGGGAGCAGACCUGGCGAUUGUCGAUCUGAAUAAGGAGGAAGGUGAAAAGCAAGCCGCAGAACUCAUGUCGAUGAUGAACAAGGAAAACGCAGACAGCGGCUCCGACGACUACGUUCCCAAGGUGACAGCACACUAUGCCGACGUGUCUGACCCAGAAUCCGUGAAUGCAUGCAUCGCCGAGAUUCUCCAACAGCACGGCAAAAUCGACCAUUUGGUGACCUCGGCAGGAUUCACAGAGAACUUCUCUGCUGAGACAUACCCUUACGAGCGCAUGAAGAAACUCUGGGGUGUCAACGUUGACGGGACGUAUCUGUUUAGCACCGCCGUGGGGAGGCAUCUGAUGGAACGCAACAUUACACACGGGAGCAUUGUCAUGAUCGGGAGCAUGUCUGGCUCAAUUGUCAAUGUGCCUCAACCACAGGCGCCGUACAACGCGGCAAAGGCGGCGGUCAGGCAUCUUGCCGCCAGUUUGGCUGUGGAAUGGGCACACGCCCAUGUCCGAGUGAAUUGUAUCAGCCCUGGCUACAUGUUGACGGCUUUGACCCGCAAAAUCCUUGAUGACAAUCCAGAGCUCAACAAGACUUGGACAUCCUUGAUCCCAGUCGGCAAAAUGGGCUCUCCUGAGGACCUCCAAGGAGCGGUGGUGUAUCUGCUGAGUGAUGCUAGUCGAUAUGUCACAGGCGCGGAUCUGCGAGUGGACGGAGGGUAA